AUGUUUCCGACCGUCGCGCCAUUUCCUCCGGUUCAGCCGCACCACCUUCACCACUAUCCUACCCACGAUGCUCUUCACCAGCCCCCGUACGACCUGAAUGACCCGUCCUUCCCCGCCCGCAACGACCCCUCCAAACCUUUCUUCAACCCACCCCGAUCACGUAUCCAACUGCCACAUCCUGUACAACGCCCCGACGCCCGCGAUGCCGUCGGCUCUAGCGCAAACGUCCCUGGUGAACAUGCGCUUCGAAGGAAGACCCCUAAUGGCACCCUAGCCGCCGGCUACGAUGGAACCCUCGGUGAAUCGACUUUGCAACCCGCGACAAAACACAUCUUGGUCUCACCCUUGGACUCGACUCAAUUCUUCUCCCCCACGUCCAUUAUCGACCCUUCCGCCUCGAAACACAUGAAUUUCCCUCCGGUCUUCAAGAACGAAGCGGGAAACCCUAUUGCAGCGGGAGAGGUAGUGCAAGAUGUGAAUGGUACUAGCUGGGUGCGCCCGGUAAAUUACCCGCCAGGGAUCGACUCGAUGCUCAACCAAACCUUGCCUUUGCAUGCUUCACAUCGGUUUCUGUUACAGAAUGGUUCCUAUAUUCCUACUGUUCUUCCCGCGACCCUCCAAUCAUGCGUGGGGCCGACCGCGUCCGCAGGCACGGGCCCAUAUGGACCAUAUUGGCCUGAUGGGGCUUAUAUUCCAUAUCGCCCUGUGGCUUUUCGGGAGCCGCGCUUUGGAACGCCCGAUCCGAACGCCCAGCCUUUUUAUGAUCUCAACCAGCCAGCGUUCAAUCAAGCUCAAAUCCCGCUCGGUAAUCGGGCGGACACAGGCUUUGCAUGGGGUCAGCCCCAGCCUGGAAUGCCUUCCCAGGACCCGAUGAUCAAAGCUCAUUUCCCUCCACGUCACUCCGAACAAUUACCUUACCAUACCCGCGUUAGUCGACCUGUGUCAUCUUACUCAUCGAAUACUUUACAUAACGAACAAGUCUCAUGGAAAAACACCCGCCCGGCGCCUAUCCAAGCUCCAGAACAGACCACUCCGGUCAAUAAUUCAGAGUUCAAGGAGAAGAUACUAUCGUGGGCUCACGGGGUAUAUGUCGACCUUCUCGCUACCAUUCAUCAGGCUCGCCGCAACAGUUUAUCAAAUGGCGGUGCUGAUGGCCAGAACUCACGCUUUUUGAAGCCCAGUAUUUAUCCGAAACCCCCUCGUCAGCCUGGGCUUGAUUUUUCACAGAACCCUCCUGAAAUUUCCCGCCACAACAGCUACCCAUCUACCCAACAUGACCUACAACGACAGAAAUUUGGCUUUCAGAGAAUGCAUGAUCCUAAUCUUAAUAAUUUACUACCAGCCCAUGGACAGAAUCGACGUCCAUCAUUAAACAAGUUCGGGCAACACUCUCGAACGUCAGACACACGGAUGCACGACGCCGGGCGGUUCACUUCGACACCGUCACGAUUUUCGAGCUCUCUUUUUAACGAUGGGUCCCCAGUUACCAACGCCAAGUCAGCUUUGGAAAUGCUAUCUCACCUGUGUCAUGAAAGUCACUGGCAGUGGAUUGAUGGCAUGCUGCUUGGAGGCUGUCUGGCCUAUGGAUUGGGUGAUUAUCACAAAGCCAUGCGGUGGUAUCACAGGAUUAUUGUCCGAGAUUCAUCACACGUGGAAGCUAUCUCUAAUCUAGCAGCAACUCUGUUCGCCCUUGACCGACGUGAUGAGGCUCAAGAGCAUUGGCUACGUGCUGUCAAACUGCGCCCAAGCUUCUUCGAAGCCGUUGAACAUUUGAUAGGCCUCUUCUGCAGCAGUCAUCGUGGCAGAGAGGCGGUCAAUAUUAUCGAUUUUGUGCAGAAAUCAUUACGCUAUCCCAUGGAUGGAGAUUGUUUCCAGACCGAUGAGCAUGCGAGCGACCCGGAGAGCGAUGCAGAGAGCAAUGUCUCUGAUGUCUGCAUGUACGACAAAGCAUCCUUCGACUAUGACGAUGACAUGGGACGUGUCCAUAAUUUGAAUUUGGACUCUCCCGACGCAACAACCCCAGUUGGCUUCGGAUCUAGUGGCUAUGCAAUCCCUGGCUCAGACAAUGGGCGGAUGCUGGCAUUGGUACACGCGAAGGGCAAUAUGCUCUAUGCUCUUGGUGAUAAUGUUGAGGCAGCUGGUGCCUUUGAGGAUGCGGUAUUGAUCGCCGCCGGUAGGAGACGGCAUGGCAUCCAAAGUCUCAUCAAACAGAUAUUUGCUGCCUUCUCAAAUGGAGCAGGCACCGCAUACCAACCCGAGGAGGCCGCCGAUAGCGUCCUUCUGUAUCCGGAUAGAGCUUUACAGACUGCAAAACUUGUCUUCUCUGCCAAUGGAGCACCGCCUGGUCUAAAGUACGUGGCAGAAGGGAUCUCACGAAAUGCGGCUGUUUCGACUACUAGCAACUCCUUGCUUUCCUUGGCAAAAAUUUACCAGGAUGGCAUGGCGAUGGUGUCAUCUGGAGCGCUGAGGUCUGGUGUAAGAGACAUUUUGGCUCUUUACUACCUUUCACUUUCGUUGCAACCCAGUCCAUCAACCGCGAAUAAUGUUGGUAUCUUACUCGCUGGUAUUCAAAACAAUCCCCCGGCUCGUGGACUUGUGCGUCCGAACGGUGAAAGCCAGCAUCCAGAGAUCCCAGGUGUGAUCCCUGGCAGCGGUAUCUCAUUGGCGUUGGCAUACUACAACUACGGAUUGCAUCUUGAUUCCCGCCAUGCGCACCUCUACACUAAUCUCGGUAGUCUUCUGAAGGAUAUUGGUCAACUCCAUGCUGCCAUCAAAAUGUACGAGCAGGCAGUCCAGUGCGACGGAAACUUCGAUAUUGCACUGGCCAAUUUGGCCAACGCUGUCAAGGAUUCCGGCCGAGUCAAUGACGCAAUCUCUUACUACAAACGCGCUGUCAAGGUGAACCCAGAAUUCGCCGAAGCCGCUUGUGGUCUGGCCAAUGCGUUGAAUUCGGUGUGCAAUUGGAUUGGCCGUGGCGGCAUUGUAAACGGUCGUGGAUUCCAUGAUCGAUGGCAUGUUGAUGACAAAGGCAUGCUUCGGGAUGCCCAGGCCCAUGACACGGGCGCUGGUUGGAUCAAGCGUGUCGUGGACAUUGUUGACCGGCAACUCCGUGAAGGUGAAUACUGGGGACGGGGUCUGUUGACUCAAAGCACGACUGAGCAACUGUAUGCUCAACUGGAGACUCUAUUAGUCUCGGAUUUUGCAGGGAAUCGGAGAUUGGCUCUGGCUAAGGUCUUCAAGUCUUGGUCAGGAUCGAAAUGGGAAGGGUCUCGCAUUGUUCGCCUUAUUGAACGUGCGAUCCGCUCCAUCACGUGGCAAUGGUACCAAGAUCGCUAUAUUCACGGUAAAGACUACCCCGUAGCCAAGUACCGUCGGCCUCAACUUCCUGCUGCUUUGACAGCGCCAAAUGCGCCCACCGUCCUACCCUUCCACACGUUCACCUGUCCGCUGUCCGCAAAACAGAUCCGUCAGAUCUCACAGCGCAAUGGUCUCCGGAUUUCAACCUCAACUCUGCGGUUGCCUUGGCUUCCAGCCACAGUCUACCGUCCUCCCGCUCCACCGAACCCAGCUCUUCGCGUUGGCUAUGUGUCGUCUGAUUUCAAUAAUCACCCUCUGGCUCACCUCAUGCAGUCGGUCUUUGGGUUGCACAACCCAAACAAAGUCAAGGCGUACUGCUAUGCCACCACUGCUAGUGAUAAAUCUGUCCACCGCCAGCAAAUUGAAAAGGAGGCACCAGUCUUUCAUGACGCUAGCACAUGGCCGGUGGACCGUUUGGUCCAGCAGAUUGUCGACGAUGGAAUCCACAUCCUGAUCAACCUAAAUGGUUACACUCGUGGUGCUCGUAAUGAGGUGUUUGCCGCUCGACCUGCACCCAUCCACAUGUCAUUCAUGGGCUUUGCGGGAACCCUUGGCGCGGAGUGGUGUGAUUACAUCCUUGCGGACCAAAUUUCAAUUCCCCCAGAGACCCUGAGUCCUGCACGGCGCAAGACACGCAUCGAGGAUCGGUUCCUUGACGAAGACAAUGGCGAAGAUCUUGAGAACUGGGUCUAUGGCGAGAAAAUUGUUUUCACACGAGAUACUUUCUUCUGCUGUGACCACCGACAGAGUGCCCCGGAUGCGAGAGAACAACAGCUCUCUUGGGAUGAUGAGCAGAUGCGGCGUUGGCGUAUGCGGAAGGAAUUAUUUCCGAACCUAAGUGAUGAUACUAUCAUUCUUGGAAAUUUCAAUCAGCUGUACAAGAUUGAGCCUACCACGUUUCGAACGUGGUUGCGAAUUUUGGCGCGCAUUCCGAACGCCGUUCUCUGGCUGCUACGAUUCCCCGAAACAGGUGAACAGAACCUGCGGGACAUUGCCAAAGCAUGGGCCGGUGAGGAAACCGCGUCACGGAUUAUUUUCACAGACGUGGCGCCGAAGAAUACACACAUUGCCCGGGCAAAGGUCCUGGAUCUAUUCCUCGACACUCCCGAGUGCAACGCGCACACCACAGCCACUGAUGUCCUGUGGAGUGGCACGCCAAUGCUCACAUACCCGCGUUACAAGUACAAGAUGUGCUCCCGCAUGGCAAGCAGUAUCCUCUCGAGCGCACUCCCAGGCAACGAAGCCGGAAAACGGGCCCGAGAGGAGCUGAUUGCCUCUUCUGACGAUGACUACGAGAACAAGGCCAUUCGGCUCUGCAUGGAUCUGCAGUACGUUAAUGGUGGUGGUGGGCGAGCUACCGGUCGGCUGGCCAACAUGCGACAGAUGCUGUUUUUGCAGCGAUACACGAACAAGCUCUUCGACACGGCACGCUGGGUGCGUGACCUUGAAGAAGCCUACGAGGCAGUGUGGGCGCAAUGGGUGAAUGGCGAAGAAGGCGAUAUAUGGUUAUGA